AUGGUAAAAUCAUAUUUACGUUACGAACCAUUAAAGACUUUUGGGAUAAUAUCCAGCUGGUUAUCCAAUAUUAUAUAUGAUGCUACCGGCAAACUCGCCAUAUCGCCGGCAUUAGAAGAUGUGGUUAUUUGGGACUUAAAAAAAGGCAUCAAGAUUGGAUGCUGGCAUGAUGCAGAUAACAAAUCGGAAGUCACAGUAAUCCAAAAAAGUCCAAAUAAAGUUGAUUAUGCUGUGGGAUACUCUGAUGGAUCUAUUAGAAUAUGGAACAUAAAAAGUUCGAUUUUACCGGUUAUUUUUAAUGGUCAUCGAGGCGCAGUUACAGCUCUCGCUUUUGACAAAAAUGGUACACGAUUAGCUUCUGGAUCAAAAGAUACUGAUUUAAUUGUAUGGGAUAUUGUAGGUGAAGUUGGGCUUUACAGAAUGCGUGGUCACAAGGAUCAAAUAACUGCAAUUCGGUUUCUGCAAAAGCCUUUAGUCGGAAUCGAAAACUCAGAUGAUGUCCCUUCUUCAUCUCCUGGGUUCAUUUUAUCCUCCUCCAAAGAUACACUCUUGAAAUUAUGGGAUCUGAAUACGCAACACUGUGUUGAAACGGUAGUAGCACAUCGAAAUGAGAUAUGGGAUUUUGAUGUGUCUAGAGAUGAAACUAUGCUUGUGACUGGAAGUGGAGAUCCAGAAUUAAAAGUUUGGAAGAUAAAUCAUCAAGUUUUGGCUAAUGGAAUUCUUGAAUCUGACGAACAGCAGAAUGAGGAUGAUAACAAUGAGAAUCAAAAAGCAAUUGUUUUUUAUGGAAAUGUCUCUAGACAAAGUAAAGAACGAGUCACCACAUUAAAAUUUCAUCCAAACACUAAUUUCUUGGGUGUGCAAGGUUCAGAUAAGUUCAUAGAGAUUUUCCGGCUACGAACACAUGAGGAAAUAAAAAAAAAACAGCAUCGACGUCGUAAGCGAGAACAAGGAAAGAAGCUUAAAGAAUUAAACAAGAAAAAAGAAGAGGGAAAUUCAGAGAUUGUUACACCUUUAGAAUCAGAUGUUAGAGAUGAAAUACAUGCUUCAGAUGAAAUCACUUUACAUGAAAUCAUUAGAACUACUGCAAAAGUCCGAUCAUUUGAUUUUGCAUUUAUGGAAGAUAUUGCGAAAACGGAGGUUAUACAGCUUCUUACUUCGCUGAAAAAUAAUAUGCUAGAGGUUUAUAAUUGCUAUUUGCCAUCAAAAAAAGAAGAAAAACACCCACAUACAAAAUUAUUUUCUAUUGAUAUCCAUGGUCAUAGAAGUGAAAUCAGAACACUGGCGUUGAGUUCCAAUGACGAAUUAUUGUGCUCCGCAUCGAUGGUACGACGUCUUGCAUCCGCUCUCUGGAAUGCGGCUAUGCAUUAUGUAGCGCAUUUAUUCCUGGAGAUCAAUAUGUGGGUUGUAAUUGGAACAAAAACAGGAGAACUUGAAUUAUUUGAUAUUGCGUCUUCGUCUUUAAUUAAAUCAAUAAAUGCACAUGAUAGUGCUAUAUGGUCAUUGCAAGUACAACCAAAUCAGCAAGGUUUGGUGACUGGAAGCGCUGAUAAACAAGUUAAAUUUUGGAAUUUUGAAAUAAAGGAAAAAAGAAAAUCCGAUGAGAUAUCAACACGACAUCUCACACUAGUUCACAAUCGUACACUGAAAAUAACGGAUGAUGUACUAUGUGUACGAAUUAGUCCAAACUCAAAAUUGAUUGCUGCAUCACUACUGGAUGCAACUGUCAAAGUUUUCUAUCAGGAUUCUUUAAAAUUUUUCUUAUCACUCUAUGGACAUAAAUUACCUGUUUUAUCGAUGGAUAUAUCAUCAGAUAAUACGUUACUGAUAACAUGUUCUGCCGACAAAAAUGUAAAGAUAUGGGGUCUCGAUUUUGGCGACUGUCAUCGAUCAAUAUUCGCACAUCAAGAUAGUAUCAUGUUUGUGCAAUUUGUUGCCAAUACACAUUAUUUCUUUACAGCUGGUAAAGACAAACUCGUGAAGUACUGGGAUGGUGAUAAAUUUGAAAAUAUAACGAAACUUGAAGGGCAUCAUGGAGAAGUUUGGGCCUUGGCAAUAAGCAAAAACGGUGAAUUCCUUGUAUCCGCCUCGCAUGAUCGAUCUAUUAGAAUAUGGGAACAAACCGAUGAGCCGCUUUUCCUGGAAGAAGAAAGAGAAAAAGAAAUGGAAGAACUAUACGAAUCGACACUGACCACUUCAAUGGAAAAGACGAGUUUAGAAGAUACGGUAGAAUUGACAUCUGCAGGGAAACAAACAAUGGAAACACUUAAAGCCGGCGAAAAGAUUAUGGAAGCAUUGGAGAUUGCUGAUGAGGAUAAAAGUGCCAUUGAUAAUUAUAAACAAAUGAAAGCCAAAGGCCAUGCACAUAUAGCAGCACCACCGAAACGGAAUCCAAUAUUAUUAGCUUUAGGAAAUUUAACCGCAGAACAAUAUGUUCUUCGAACAAUAGAGAAAGUAAGGUCUGCAGAGUUGGAGGAAUCAUUGUUGGUUUUGCCGUUUGCAAAGGUGAUUUCCUUGUUAGAAUAUUUGGAUAUAUGGGCGAAAAAGGAAUGGAAUAUCGCGCUUGUAUGUCGAAUACUAUUUCAUCUUUUACGCGUGCAUCACGAUCAAAUAGUCGCGAAUCGAAUUAUGAGACCGAUGCUUGAUUCGAUAAGAACGCAUCUCCGGGCCGCGUUAAAACGACAGAAAGAUACACUGGGAUAUAAUUUAGCCGCAAUGAAGUAUAUUAAGCGUGAUUGGGAAGCUAAUGCCACCGCGGAAUUCUUUAUGGACGAUAAUAAUGUAGAGGGAUUGGAAAAUGUCAACGCUAGUUCGGCAAAGAAACGAAAAUUCAUAAAUUUGACAACUGAUUAA